GCGUUUCAUAGUCAAAUACAAGGUUUUUGCUCUGAAGCUUUCUUUCCAUCUACGGUGACACACAUCCCUCUAUCAUGCAGGCUUGGUUAAAACUUUCCAUAGCCUUGCUAUGCUCCUGCAGUAGUACUUCCACGAGAAGUGUGUCGGCCUUUGUCCCUACGCUGUCCCGUUCUCGGUCGAGAGUAGGUGCCAAUGUGCCCCCCAUCCUUGGUAUGGCUGCCUGGGAUGACGAAGAUGAAGCCCAACGUGAUGCCGCCGUCAGACGCAAUCAAGCUCGCACCGAUGUUCGCAAUUUUCUAACCCAACGAGCGAUUCAAUCCUUCAUGUUUUUAUUACAUUCCUGUCGAGACCCACAUACUGUCCGAUGGCUCGAGCAUACUUACGGCUUUACCAAUCUUCUCGAAUACCACGGAUCUGGGGCAUUCAAUUUGACAAUCUAUCCGGAAUGGGAUUCUAUUUUACAAGACAUGACGUCCCGUCCCUCUGAGGUUGUCAUCGUCUCGGCACGAAGACGAGGAGGGGGCCACGGCGGCUGGUCUAAAGACAAUCCUUAUUUGGAAGAUCGGUUUGUGGAGUUUGAAAUCGAUAUUGACCCCCCUUCACUCGUAUCUCGCCUGAUUUCCGUCCGCGAUCAAAUUGCUAAGGAAUGGGUCGUUGACCUGGACACCCUCGUCAAGGCAAAUGAUAUGAUUCUCACAUCCUACACGGAGAAACAUUUAUCGGAUCGAGCAUCAGAAGAAUGCCAAGAUUUUGACCAGCCAGAAGAAUGUAUGGAAAUCGAAAAUCUCACGGCACCUUAUUCCAACAAGCGCCAGGAAGAAAAGAAAGCGGCCUUUGAACGCAACGCUAUGGUUUUUCUCUCGAACACUAUACACUCACUUGGUCAAGGAUCGUCACCGCACCGGAAAGGAAAUUUCGACUUACUGAUUCUGUUGGCCACCCAGGAAUCUGUGCAUCGCGUACUUCGAGCCUACCGGGAUGCUGGAGACGAACGCGAAGUCUCCUUCUCCUGGUUGCGAGAAUUUUAUGUUUCCAGGGUCUCCCGCUACUUCGACGGCAAUCAGGAAUACGGACGGGCCGACGACUUUGUGGAAGAAUUGCUUCUGACGCCUCCAUCUCUGAAAACCAGUGAAAUUGCCUUGGAAUUGAUUGAUCCCAUGCGCAUGGCUGAAGACAUUAUCGCCAUGCGUUCCGAAGUCGCGCGUGACUGGAAAACGGUCAUGCAAGCAUCCGCAGAAGACCACAUGGCUCUACAGCGCAUUGUGUUGGCGGCACGUAUGGGAAAAAUGCUGGAAACGAGUUCCGGCAGCAGUAAAGAGGAAAACCCCCCCACUUCGACACCGAAAGCAGUUGUAGCGGAAGCAGAAGCUUCUUCUUUGGACGGAGCUGGUGCCUUUGAAUAGUGAAGAAUCUGGCACUAAUUCAAAAUGAUCUGCGAUUGGACAUGGCAUGCACCGACCUGAUUCGACAUUUGAGCCGCUUCAUGUGCGUACAAGAAAACCCCAUGGAGAGAACAUUUUCUAUUUCCCCACACCCACAUACAAACCAAGGCCUUCGACGGCUACCCCAUCGUAUAACAAGUAGUAGAACAUACUUCCGUUUAC